GAACCCUCACCCCCCCCCCCCCCCCUCCUCAUCCUCAUCCCUCCCUCCAAAUCUCCAAAUCUCCAAAUCUCUCUCGCAGCAUGUCCAACCCCUCACCCCUCGUCCACUUCUACGACCUCUCCGGACCGCAACCCUGGUCCCCCGCCUGCUGGCGCACGCGCUACGCGCUCAACUACAAAAACAUCCCGUACCGCGUCGAGAAACUCUCCUACCCUAGCAUCGCACCGCUUUGCCAGUCCCUCUUUCCCGCUAUGCCACUUCCCCGCGCUACUGUGCCUAUUAUCCAGAUUUUAGAGGCGCCCCAAUGCGCCCUGAAUGAUUCCACGCCGAUUGCGCAAUUGUUGAACGAGAGGUUUACGGAGGGCGAUGGGUAUCGCGAUUUAAAGGGUGUGGACGAGGUGCGGGCGUAUGAGGAUGAGGAGGUGCGCGGCUUGGGGGGUGUGAUUUUGAAGUGGAUUGUCUAUGAUGUUUUUGAGAAUGCGUUGGAUGGGGGGGAUGGGUCGAGGGAGUAUUUUAGGAGGACGAGGGAGGAGUUUUUUGGGUGUGGGUUGGAGGAUGUUGUGGGGGUGAGGGGGGGUGGGGAGGCGGUUUUACUCGAGGAGUUGAGGGGGAGGUGGGCGGGGUUGAGAGAGAGGAUGAGGAGGGAUGAUGGGGAGGGUGAUCCGACGUAUGUGGAUUUCUACGAUGCUGCUAAUGUGAAGUGGGUUGGGGCGGCUUCGGAGGAGAAGUUGCAAAAGCUUAUGGAUUUGUAUGGAGAUGAUACUUUUGUCAAGUUGAUGAAGAAGGUUGAGCCGUGGUCUCGAUGAUAAGCGAGUAGAAAGCAGAUGCGAAAUAGUGGAAGGGAAAGCUAGUAGCGGAAAAAAGGGUGCAAAUCGCUAAUAUCUGGUAUGAUUGAUUCGACAAAAGGUUUACUUAUCAAGUUGUGGUCAAUUGGAAUUUGAGUUAUACCGCGUAAACUAUCCCUCUAUAUGAUAAAGAGAGUCUUAUGCCUAAAGAAUUCUGUGCUACGAUUGUCA